AUGCCUCCGACCAGCCCUCAAGAUACUGCAAGAGUCGCGUCACCCUCUAAUCGUAUUAACAACUCAUCUUUAACAACGGAACGCACUGUAGAUAGCAUGGUGGAAACCCUCAGCCCGCCCGUCACAUUCGAACGCUGCUUAAACUUCGAUCAUACAAUUAGUUCCUGCCAUCAGAACCGUUUCGUUCCUCUGCUCGGUGCCGGUGGUGAUGAGGGUUUCCAACUUGCUUCUUUGGGUAAGUACCAGCAUGAUACCAGUCCAUCUUCGCUUUUUGAAAGCCUCCCCGUUCGUAGUAAUGAUUUACACCAGCAACUGAACAACUUCAUUGAUGCUAAACACCCGUUUCACUGCUCGAAUCACCCUUGUUCAUCUCCGGGACGCUCAUUGGACGGCAUUUUGGAAGCUCCUGGUUCCUCCAGCCUAGUCCUGCCGUUUCCCGCUAGUAUUCAGGAAUGCCAAAAUCUCAUCGAGGAGAAUCGCCGCCUGGUGAAUCUGGCCGCCAAUAGCGGAUAUGCUAUCAACGGUGUGAUGAACGGUAACGGCGGCAGUACGAGUGGAGCAAGCGGAUUCGGAAUGGGCCGUUUUAGUCUGGGCUCGAGCGACCGAAUCGGCGGCAGCAGCUUCUCUACGCUGGGUCUUGGCCUGGCCGGUGGAGGGUCAUCAUCAGUGGCCGGUUCGGUCGGGGCCGCCGCCGGGAUGUACUCCAGCGUGGAAUCUGUGAUCCUGCAAACUCAAGUGGAAACCUUGCAGUGGCAGCUCAAGCAGGUUGAUUCCAGCCGACAGAUGUACCGUGCCGUAAUGGAGGAAGUGGUCCGCUACCUGGAUCGGUGCUACCGCGGACUGGAUGCGCUACAGCCAAACAUCAUUGGCCGGUCCAAGAGUGUGCUGCAGGUGUCGAAAAAUCACAGCCAUCACGAUUCCGACAGCAGCAGUGCCAGCAGUCCCAGAGCCCGCAGCAGUAACAACUUGAACGAUGUGCAAAAGACCUACACCAAAAAACAGCAGGAACUGCUCUCCAGCCAUCAACAGCAGCAGCAGCAUCAUCAGCACGGAUCGACUGCGGCCAGUCCGGUACUGAUCGACGAUGAUUGUGCUCCACCCUCGCCCGCCGGCUCGUUCAGCACUUUUCGAGAUUUUACUUGGCGCCGUUCACCCAAACGUACUCAGGCUCUGUCAAUUUCCAGUGCCGAAGUUGAUCCGGAGAAGCUAUCGCAGGAAGCGUUCCGUCUGUUACGUACUGUUCAAAAUCUUCUCAAUACCCAGGAGCCUACACUGUCUCAGUCUUCAACUGCCCUGGAUAGCCUGCUGCUGGCAUCCGCCGCAGGAUCCGCCACAGGAAGCACAUCGACUCUAACCGGUGCAGCUGGAGCUAGUGCCAGCGUGCCCAUGGUGCAUCAUCACCUUCACCACCAUCACGUGCCGGCUACCGUUGACGGGCUAUACGCGGGUGUUGUGAACACGAGAAGUAAUGUUGGUUUUAACCGAAAGUUUAACGUGAGAGGCAGUCGGUUGUCGUUACGAAGCAGCACGGAUGACUCAGUGCACUCAACUUCUUCUUCGAAUAAAGCUGAAACUGAUGAGGACAAUAUGGACCGGCCAUCACCUCCACUGGGUCAUCAUCUGCAUAAUCAUCACCAUCCUUUAGUACAUCAACAUCAAAAUAGCGCAAGCAGCAGUAGUAGCAGCACCAGCAGCAAUAGCGGCCAUUUGAUUAAUCACCGUCACAGUGCAAACAUUGAUCGUAUCAAGGAGAUGAUGAUCACUAGCUCGGCAGAGGAUGAGAGCGGGUUCAGCUCGAUGAACUCAUUUCAGGAGAUUGGGCUUCCUAUCGUCAACUCGACGAUAUUAUCAUCAUCGUCAACAGCCUCCUCUACCAAUGGUGUUUGCUCAGCUGACUCCAAUUCCUCCGCUGCAUCAUCGACUGGUUCGGUCUCAUUCGACGAUUCCUCUGACAUCAGAGAUAGCACCGUUAUACCAACAACGAAUAACGUAACAACGAUCGCCAUAAACUCUGCCAAUAACAAAACACCCGCAAACGGUAAUGCUUCGGUCAGUACCAACAACAGAAAACUACUUUCCGACAAGCUAGGAAUCCCAUCACCCUCGAAGAUUCCGGAAAUUCCCGCGCGUGUCACGCAAUCAUCCACCUACGAGCAUCACAGCCACUUCAUUAACCACCGCCGCUGGGAUUCGGCUCCCGUAGUUCCGCCCAAGCUGAAAAUCCACCAGCACAAGCCCGAUUCCGACGGUGCCGUUUCGUCCCGCGUUCUGUGGGUAUAG